UGUUUUAGCUGGCUGUGUGCAGGCGGGAGGGAGGGGGCGGGCGGAGCGGCCGGUGGCCGGGUUCGCUCCCGGAGCGUGGCGCACGGUGUGCGGGGGCGGUGGAGCACGCAAGCGGCUUCGAGGUGUAGCCUCAGCGGGCACGGAUGCCCGGGGUGCACCCUUCCACCGGCUGUUGGCCAGGGACAGCAGGAUCCUGGUGAGGAUGCACCGUUCCCCAGUCUUGGACAGUCUUCAGUAUGGUCACUGGUCCAUUUGACUCACAGCUACCUCGAACGAUCUGCUGGAAAAUUGAUGCUCUAGAUGAACUCCUGUCAUGGACUGGAGGCCCCUUCUUGAAGAAUGGCGACUAACAAUGCUGGCACCUCCAUGUCCAAAUUGAACUUUCAGUCCUACAGCUUGCUGGAUUCAUGGGCAGUACCCACCCGGGGGCACAUUCUCCCAUCUUUUACACCACGGUUCUGCACCUUUCCUGUGAUUGGAUACAGACUCACUGCGUGCGGUAACAGUAACAUGAUGCGGUCGCGAGGGCUCGAGAACCUGCCACUGGUCACAGAUUCCAGCGUUGGCCUCUGUGGACUUGACACGCACGACUCUCCAGGAGACUGGCCGCUUUCCCCCACUCCUCGGACCGGCGUAGCAGUAGCCGCUACGCUUGAACUUGAGACGCCCUCCCCGCAGCGCGCGCACGAGAGCCGCGGCGGGCGCCGGCAGCCGUGGGCUGAAGGAGCGCCUGUGCACCUGCGGGCCGUGCAGACUAUGCAGACUCUGGCGGCCGGGGAGCCGCGGGGCCCUGACGCACUGCGGAGCUUCCAGGGGCUGCUGCUGGACCGGCGCGGCCGGUUGCACGGAGAGCUGCUGCGCCUUCGCGAGGUGGCACGGCGCCUCGAACGCUUCCGCCGGCGCUCCCAGGCGGCCAACGUGGCGGGCAGCUCGCUGAGCGCAGCCGGCGCCGUGGCCGCCAUCGUGGGGCUCUCCCUGAGCCCCGUCACGCUGGGUGCCUCGCUCCUGGCAUCGGCCCUGGGGCUUGGGGUGGCCACCGCCGGAGGGGCCGUGACCAUCACAUCCGAUGUCUCCCUAAUCUUCUGCAACUCCCGGGAGCUGCGGAAGGUGCAGGAGAUUGCGGCCACGUGCCAGGACCAGAUGCGGGAGAUGCUGAGCUGCCUAGACUACUUCUGCCGCUGCCAGGGUCACGGCGAUGUCCAGCUGUUGCAAAGCGGGAGGAGUGCUUCCAUGGCCCUGUACAACUGCGUCUAUUUUAUCGUCUUCUUCAGCUCCCGUGGCUUCCUCGUCCCCAGGCGGGCAGAAGGGGCCACCAGGGUCAGCCAGGCCGUGCUGAAGGCCAAGAUUCAGAAACUGGCCGAGAGCCUCGAGUCUUGCACGGGGGCCCUGGACGAACUCAGUGAGCAACUGGAGGCCCGGGUCCGGCUUUGCACCAAGGCGGGCCUCAGCCAUGAUCUCAGGAGCCCAGAUGCACCGCCCGCUGGGCUGUUGUUCUGAGAUGUCCUUCCCCCGUCCAUGACUGUCCUCAUGGGAUGCUCCAAAUCUGUAGCUUUCCCCCAGGGCAA